UUUACAUCCAAAAUAGUAAAGUAAACCUAGGUGUUCCUCUACGACAGUUAAGUGGUUAAACUAUUUCUAUGGCGCACAAGGUGAUGUCACAGUAAAAGUGACGCUAAUGGAACUGUAAGCAUGUGUGAUUAUUUCGUCACUGUAAGAGGGCUAUAUAAGACCGCGCGAAUUCCAGAAAAUUUGUGGGUUUAAAGUUAGGAGAUUUUGGUUGACGUUGCUGUUGCUCUUCAUUGCUAUUUCGUUGUAUUUCGUUUUUUAGUUUAAUUUGUGUGUUUUGCGUGUUUUUGUUUUGUUUUGAGCGUGUGUUAGUUUGCUUUUGGUGUGUGUUCGUGUGUUUGUUUUUUAUUUCUUUUUUUUUCUCAAUGAUUUAUAGACGGCCAAAAAAGCCCGCAGCGGUUAGCCGGCCAUUCCGGCUAAUCGCGCGGUUUUUUUUGGCCAUGUACAAUUGGCUGGUCUCUUUCUUGGGACGCCAGCCUAGCGGUAAACCGAAGGUCCACCGCGGACAAUACAGCAGGCGUCCUCGGAUGCCAGCUGUGGAGUCCGCGGUGAUGCCGGUUCACCGUAUUUCGGACACCGCGAGAGAGACCUGUCCAGUGUUUCAAGCCCAGAAACUUGUUUCAAAGUUUUCUGCGGCAUCAAACGAAGGCGGUCUCAGUAAAGGACCUUCUAUGAGCUAUCCAGGAUCCCUGGGACUAACUCCUCACAAGCCUCCCACUUGUGCUUCACAGCCAAGUGGGACAAAGCUAGUUGAGGAGUUCCCUCCAGGAGGUCUGUUGGAGGCUCAAGAAGGUUCUGUGUCCCGCGGUUUGUCCAGGGGAGUCUGUUUUGGACAGCCCAAUGGGCGAAGGUCAGGCCCGGGCAGGAUUCAGUCUGCGAAAAUCUCGCAGACUGUUACUGUGACAUGUGAGGAGGUGGAUGCGAGCUUUAGGCAAUCUAAUGCUCCACCAGUACGCCCCCUCAUAUGUCCGGUACCUGCCCGGGUUACCAGACGACCCAUGGCCGCUCGUCCGCCGGUCCGGUCCUCAGAGGACAUCUGUUCAGCUCAGCCUGAGGCUGGGUCCGCGGGUGCGACUGGCAGAGGGCCGCCAGAGGGCCGGCAGAGGGCAGGUCCCGGUCCCGCCCGCUCCUCUGGGGGUCGCGCCCGCUCCUCUGGGGGUCCCGCCCCUCAGCUGGUCGUGCCGUCGGCCGGUCCACAGCGGGUGCUGCCGUCGGCCGGUCCUUUGCCGGUCCUGCCGACGGCCGCUCCGUUGCUGGUCCUGCCGACGGCAACUGCUGAGCAGGUCCAGAACUCAGAGGAAAUCUCAGGUUCAGCUCAGCCUGAGGCUGGGUCCGCGGGUGCGACUGGCAGAGGGCCGCCAGAGGGCCGGCAGGGGGCAGGUCCCGGUCGCGCCCGCUCCUCUGGGGGUUGCUCCUGCUCCUCUGGGGGCCGCACCCGCUCCUCUGGGGGUCGCGCCCGCUCCUCUGGGGGUCGCGCCCGCUCCUCUGGGGGUCCCGCCCCUCAGCCGGUUGUGCCGUCGGCCGGUCCACAGCGGGUGCUGCCGUCGGCCGGUCCUUUGCCGGUCCUGCCGACGGCCGCUCCGUUGCUGGUCCUGCCGACGGCAACUGCUGAGCAGGUCCAGAACUCAGAGGACAUCUGUUCAGCGGAGCCUGAGACUGUGGCCGCGGGUGCGACCGGCAGAGGGCCGGCAGAGGGCCAGCAGAGGGCAGGUCCCGGUUGCGCCCGCUCCUCUGGCAGUCGCGCCCGCUCCUCUGGGGGCCGCAACCGCUCCUCUGGGGGUCGCGCCCGCUCCUCUGGGGGCCGCACCCGCUCCACUGGGGGUCCCGUCCCUCAGCAGGUCGUGCCGUCGGCCGGUCCACAGCGGGUGCUGCCGUCGGCCGGUCCUUUGCCGGUCCUGCCGACGGCCGCUCCGUUGCUGGUCCUGCCGACGGCAACUGCUGAGCAGGUCCAGAACUCAGAGGACAUCUGUUCAGCUCAGCCUGAGGCUGGGUCCGCGGGUGCGACUGGCAGAGGGCCGCCAGAGGGCCGGCAGGGGGCAGGUCCCGGUCCCGCCCGCUCCUCUGGCGGUCGCGCCCGCUCCUCUGGGGGCCGCAACCGCUCCUCUGGCGGUCGCGCCCGCUCCUCUGGCGGUCGCGCCCGCUCCUCUGGCGGUCGCGCCCGCUCCUCUGAGGGCCGCAACCGCUCCUCUGGGGGUACCGCCCCUCAGCCGGUCGUGCCGUUGGCCGGUCCACAGCGGGUGCUGCCGUCGGCCGGUCCUUUGCCGGUCCUGCCGACGGCCGCUCCGUUGCUGGUCCUGCCGACGGCAACUGCUGAGCAGGUCCAGAACUCAGAGGACAUCUCUCAGCCUGAGACUGGGUCUGUGGGUGCAACUGGCAGAGGGCCGCCAGAGGGCCGGCAGAGGGCAGGUCCCGGACGCUCCCGCUCCUCUGGCGGUCGCGCCCGCUCCUCUGGCGGUCGCGCCCGCUCCUCUGGGGGCCGUGCCCGCUCCUCUGGGGGCCGUGCCCGCUCCUCUGGGGGUCCCGCCCCUCCGCGGUGUCUGAUGAUGGCCGGACCGUUGCCGGUUAUCUUCCCGCCUGCUCCUCAGCAGGUCUUAACGUGGCCCGGUCCUCUGCCGGUUCCACCGUGGGCUGCUCCGGCCACUUCUCGCUGUACUUCAGUAGCUCAACCUUCCCCUCCACAAGUGCAGCCAGCACCAGCAGCACGUGCGUCCCUCAAGCGCCGUGCUGCUGCUAUGUCACAGCCACACACAAUUGAUGAGGGGGAGGUUGAGGCAAAAAAAGCCAGAAGGACUGUAGCUCAGCCUUCAACCUCAGUCUCAGAGCAAAAGAAGAAGAAGAAAAGAGAAAAGAGAAGGCUCCAAAGACAGAAAAGACGGGCGGCAAAGUCCGCUCAACCUUCCCUUCCACAAGUGCAGCCAGCAUCAGCAUGUGCGCCCCACAAGCGCCAUGCUGAUGCUGUGUCGCAGGAGAUACAGACAAGAAAAAGGGCGAGAACCAUGCCCCCAGCUCAACCUUCCUCUCCAAAAGUGCAGCCAGCACCAGGGCCUUCAGCUGUCCUUUCAGAGCAAAAACGAAGAAAAAGACAGAAAAGAAGGCAAAGGCAAAGGCGAAAUCGGGCUAUUCAACGUGCACUUCAAGCCCAGAGGAGUGCAUCUCUCCAGGCUUCGUCUAGCACUGCGGUCUCACAGCCUUCAAUAAGCAGUGCUAUAGACAGCCUGGAGAGAAAGCUGUUUUGCUUAUCAGUUCACAAAAAAUGAAGUUGAGGGGAGCAGCAGCAGAAAGCUUCAAUGAAGCCCCCCCCCAAAUACAAUUAAAAAAUUUAAAGACCUAACUCUUGAGAUCAUUGGUUUACAACUUUUUUAACUUAUUACUCAGUUAGCUGGAUUUCAUUGUUAUUUUUUGGGUUCUUUGAUCUAUUUGUUUCUGAGAAUCUCAUGCUGUAGUUGCUUUCAAGCAACAGAUUCAAACGUUAAAACCUGUCCGGGAUCAGGUUUAGUUCAACAAUAAUAACAGCUUAUCAGUAUCAGAGGUGAUGGGGGAAAUCUGUCACAUGCGUGUCCUCUCCAUGUUAUUAAGAGCAAUCCGUUGAGGAUGGUGUGAUAUGAAGAGCUUUCUGAAUUCAACGUGUAAAAUUAAAAUGAGAAAAAAGUUGAGAGAGAGAGAGAAAUUUGAUGAGAAAAAUGAGAAAGCUUCUUUUCUUUUCUAAUAGUAACAUUAAAACAGGUUAGAUUACAGAUGAGUACAGUGUUAAAACUUAAAAUCAGGUAAACAAUUCAAGAUGUCAGGAUCUACAGGCAUACAUUUUACAUUACAUUAACAUUAACUCAUAAGCAGAUGUCAUGAGUUGCAGGGUUUUUUCGCAUGGUUCCCAAAUGGCUACAGACAGACAGCAGUAUAUUCUGUUUGAUAACCGUAUAUCCUCCAGCAAUGAAGAAGCUCAAAGCUGGAAGUUUUAUGUGAAGACGCGGCAGACAGAAAUACUAAUCGUGCAUCAUGAAGUGUUAUACAGUAAAUUAUUCAUGCGUUUUGUUCGUUGAUUUAUAUGGAUUCGUUUAAAAUAUGUAAUUUUAUUCAUUUUUGUAUUGUUUUGUUGAAAGAUCAGUCUAAAGACUCGUAUGUUUAACUAAGCGUUCACCUGAUUUAUUGCCUAAAUCCAAUAUAAGCUUGACCCGAACCAAACGCACAUCUAUCUUACUGUAAAAACUGUACAUUAUAUCAGCAGCCUAAUUCAAACUAACUUGUUUGUUCUGCAUUUCUCAUCCUUUUGUUCCCAAAGAGCCAUGAAGAGACUGACAGACCCAGCUCCGGUUCAGUGUGAUGCUCAAUGAUGACUGCAGCCAUAGAGUCAACCAGAAUCAAUGAAAUCUGUGAUGAUCAAAGCCUUUAACUUUGCAUCCCAUGAUCUGUGACGCCAUUGCAUUCAUUUUGUCAUCUUACAUCCAGCUGAGAGGGACUUUCGGCCACAUAAAACUAUUCAGAUAAUCAUCCCAUCAUAUUUUAAUUCUCAUGAUGUAUUUUAAGUACUAAUGUAAAAUUAUGUUUAUGGUUUUAUUAUUUUCACAGAUAAGUGAUGCGGUGUGAGGAUGAGACCUUCCACAUGCUCCUGAACUGUGAUGCAGAAACGAAAUCGGAGGAUUGAUCUGUCUCUGACCACAACUACACCUCAAAAUCACAGCUGAACCUGAAGCCACCUACAUCUGAUAUGAGACAACAGGGCUGCUUCCCAGACAGGGCUUAUUCUAGCCUAGAAAUCUAGACGCACCCUAGCGGCCGCAAAAUAUAUAUAUAUAUUUUUUACUUUUUUAUAUAAUAUUUACUUUUUUAUUUGACAGGGACCAUACAAGCAAACAUAGUUAUAGUUCAAAGCCUGUAACUGAUGCGCUGCAUAUAGAGUUUAUAGCUAUUGCUAAUUCUCAACUCCUGUCCCUGGUUGGGCAUGUCUAAGAACAUAUUAAAACAGAUAACAUUUCUUCAACACACAUACACAAACACACACAAAAAAACCCCAAAAUAAAUUAAAAAGAGAUACAAAUUUGGUUUGCCUUUAGCCACAACUUAACCCUUAAAAUAAAUUUAUUCAAGUCAGAAAUUGCCUUAAUAUCAGAUGGUAAUGCAUUCCAUAGUAUACAGCCCUUGACUGAAAAGGCAGACUGUGCAAAGCCUGUCCUGCAGUAUGGUAUUACACAAUUAUGAUUUGAGCUGCUUCUGGUUACUCUUUGGCUAUUCUGUAUUUGAAUAAAUGUACUGAGUGACUCAGGUGCUAAAUUAUUAAUACACUUAAAUAUUA